CAACCCUCUUCGGGGUCCCUUUUGUUGAACCAUCAAACAUAAGCACCUUUGGAGAUCCCGAGGGGUUCAGAUGAGAAACGGCUAUCAUCUUACACACGGAGCGAUCACUUCUCAGCGGCGCCGUCAUGUCGAGGUCUUUUUACGUCGAUUCUUUAAUCAUCAAGGAUACGGUGAGACCGGGACCAGCUGAGCACACGGGGCAAGACUUCCUCAUUCCCAUCAGCAUGCACUCUCCGAGCGUAAUGACGGUCACCGCUCCGGUGUGCCCGUCCAGGAAAAAUGGGACUUUCUGUGUUUGCCCGCUGUGCGUCACGUCCCACAUCCACUCUUCCCGCAGCGGCAUCCCCAUGCUGAAGGGUCAGUUUCCAGGAGCGGAGGCACAGUACUGUCAGAGGAUAGCGCACCAGCAGUCUCCAGCGCUCGCGCACCCGGGACAUACACCUGUCUGCACGCCCACCUUCAGCGUCACAGAUCCCAGGAGAUACCACUGUCUUUCUAUUGGCGCCUCUGAGAGCAGCCACAUACAGAAUGGCAAGAGGAUGCGCACGGCUUUCACAAGCACGCAACUCCUGGAACUUGAAAGGGAGUUUUCCACGAACAUGUAUCUUUCGAGACUCAGAAGAAUCGAAAUCGCCACGUAUUUGAACCUGUCGGAGAAACAGGUGAAAAUCUGGUUUCAGAACCGCAGGGUGAAACACAAGAAGGAGGGCAAAGCCACCCAAAGGAGCGCACACAGCGGCUGCAAGUGCACGAGCGGCCACACAGACUAUUCAAGGUCAGAGGACGAGGAGUCUCUAUCUCCUGCCUCUGCCACGGAGGAGAAAGAGGUGUCACCCAUCUGAGAACAACGCGACUCCCACAAUUUCCCACUGCCGGUACUUCCUCUGUCCUGCCACAGUUAUGGGUUGUGGCAUCACGCGACGUCUGAGUCAAAAAAAAAAAAAAAAAUCUCCUGCAUGAAGUCUGAGAAGUGUUGAAAAUGUCAGUUGUUCUUCACCUCAUUUUAGUCCUGCUGUUAAAUUAAAGUAAAAAUAUGUGAAUUUAUGUUCUUGAAAUAUCUGAAAACAUGACUGUACACUCUAACAGACUUGAUCCCUUCCGGGUCCUCACCUUUAUACCCAAGUCUAGUAAAAUAUCCCCAGUAAAUGUUUUCAAUUAUUGCCCGAUAUGCCAACACUGUCAGUGAGGUUGUUUGGUAACGACAGCCCUUAGAAACACUAUAGGCCUAACCUGUGUGGAGCCUGUACGCAGCAAUUUGUAAACUAUGUAUAUCUGUAUUUAUUGUAAUAAACAUGACGAGUUGACUUAA